AUGGAUGUUGAUGAAGCUUUGGAGGAUGCAGUAAUAUCAUAUGUUAACAUGGACGCUAGAGAAAAUGGUGCAUUAUCACGUCGCCCUCAAGAAUCAGGACAUGCUUUUCGAGCAAAGCACAAUAUUGCUCGAAAUUUCAAAAAUAAUAUGAUGAUGGCAAAAUCCUGGUUGCCUCAUCCAUUUAUCUGUAGACACCGCAAUGCAAGAUUGUUUCAUCAUGAAUCACGUGACACGUGUUGUAAUGGUGGGAAGGUAUCAUUCUCACGAGUUGAUGCUCCUAUAGAAUUGCAACAAUUAUUUUUGGAUGGUUCAACUGAAGGAAAACAUCUUAGGCAACAUAUUAGAAGUUAUAACCAUGUGCUUUCAUUCACUUCAAUUGGUGUUCAUGUUGAUGAGAAUAUUAUUGCAUCUGGUCGUGGUAUAUACACAUUUCGUGCUCAAGGUGCUUUUUACCAUAACAUAGGAGGUAUCCAAAUGAGGGUGUCAGGCCGCGUUUCUUACAACUAUACAUCUACGACACCGAUAAUGAGCUACAUAAUAGAAUGCAGGAAAAUCCACAACUGCACCAAAAUAUAG